AUGGGGAAAGAGGGGAAGGGCAACUUCCAGCUGAAGACGCCCAAGGGCACGCGGGAUUGGUCGGGCACUGAUGUUGUCUUGCGCGAACAGAUCUUCACGACCAUUACCAAUGUUUUCAAGCGUCACGGUGGCGUCACCAUAGAUACGCCCGUAUUCGAGCUCAAAGAGACACUCACAGGCAAAUACGGUGAAGACAGUAAGCUCAUCUAUGAUCUCGCAGAUCAGGGCGGUGAGAUCACCUCACUACGUUACGACCUCACCGUUCCAUUCGCACGAUUCUGCGCCCAGAAUGCCGUCCAGAACAUCAAACGAUACCACAUCGCGAAGGUCUACCGGAGAGAUCAGCCGGCGAUGACAAAGGGGCGCAUGCGAGAGUUCUACCAGUGCGACUUUGAUAUUGCGGGCCAGUUUGAUCCUAUGCUGCCAGACGCGGAGAUCUUGAGGAUUGUCAAGGAGGUGUUUGAGGAGCUGCCAGAGUGGAAGGGGAAGUUCACUAUCAAGAUAAAUCACAGGAAGAUUCUGGACGGCAUCUUCCAGAUAUGUGGUGUGCCUGAGGAUAAGAUUCGCACGAUUAGUAGCGCAGUGGACAAGCUGGACAAGUCUCCCUGGGAAGAGGUCCGAAGAGAGAUGGUGGAAGACAAAGGCCUGGACCCCGAAGUCGCCGACAAGAUCUGGACAUACGCACAGCUCAAAGGCGGAAAGGACGUGGUUGAGAAGCUCCAGGCAAUGCCCGAAGUCGUUGCGAACGAGUCUGCAAAACAGGGUCUCGAGAACAUGGCCAUGCUCUGUGAUUACCUCGAGAUCUUUGACGUUAUGCCUUCCCUGUCAGUAGACAUGUCUCUUGCCCGCGGUCUCGACUACUACACCGGCGUCAUCUACGAAGUCGUAACUGAAGGCUCCGCACCCUCGGCCGCCGCCAAAGACGUCGCCAAAAAAGAGAAGAAGCAGAAGAAGAGCACAGACCCGGACGAGGACCGGUCCAACGACCCCACUAUCGGCGUUGGCUCCGUCGCAGCAGGAGGCCGCUACGACGAGCUUGUCGGCAUGUUCAGCGGCAAGCCCAUCCCCUGCGUCGGCAUCUCCUUCGGCGUAGACCGCAUCUUCAGCAUCACCAAGGCGCGUCUCGGCACCGCGCAGGCGAUCCGACCCACCGAAGUAGACGUCUUCAUCAUGGCGUUCGGCGGCGGCAAAGACUUCACCGGUAUGCUGCCCGAGCGCAUGGCUGUCGCAAAGCAGCUCUGGGACGCAGGCAUCAAGGCGGAAUACCUCUGGAAGACGAAGCCAAAACUACAGAACCAGUUCAAGGCCGCGGAGAACGGGAAGGUACCGUGGGCUAUUAUUCUGGGCGACGACGAGCUUAAGGCUGGAAAGAUCAAGAUCAAGGAGAUGGGACUUCCGGACGGACACCCGGAGAAGGAUGGCGUGAUGGUGGAGAAGGCGAAUUUGGUGGAGGAGAUCAAGGCAAGGUUGUCGGGCAAGGCGAGUCUCCCGGAUAGGACUGCUGCGUAG